CAACUCAAGGACUUUAUCAGUCAGCGGGCUCGCACUCUCGAGAACACAGAGUCAGCUCGUCAGCAAUCAACUGCCAGCACCUCAAGCAAUCAGCAAAAACCAAAAAGCUCACUUCACCCUACCGCACGCAAAACUGCCACUCAGCCAGCUCAGCAAGACUCGUGUUAUCAAUGCGAUUGCUGCUUUGGAGCGCACUUCAUCACUUCAUGCCAAAAGUUCCGCACUCUGUCACCUCAAGAUCGUCGUGAAGUAGUUAUCCAACGACGCAUCUGCAAGAACUGUAUGGGAAGACACAACCUUGCAUCGUGCAAAAGUUCUGCGCGGUGCAAGAUUUGCAAUCGCAAUCACCACUCAAUGUUGCACGAAGCAGCUACAGCAACAAGUCUGCCAGCUGCUACAAUUAAAAUCGAGCCACGCAAAUUCACUGACAAUCAACAAUAGGAUGUUUGUGCAGCCUCCAAUAACUCAUGUCAAUCCAACCACUCAAUUCAAUCAUCACUCAACUCCGCCACGCACUCAUCAACUGCAAUCACUUUAUUAGCUACUGCAAAAGCACUAAUCAUCACGCCGAUUCAGCAAAUCAACGUUAGAAUUCUGAUCGACUCUGGGUCAGAAAUUUCACUCGUCUCUGAACAUCUCAUCACGCAAGCUUCAAUUAAAAGACGUCACUCAUCAGUUACCAUCACGGGAAUCGGCGGUAAGAAUGUCAUUACAUCAAAGGGGUCAGCUGACCUCAUACUCAAGGCAAGUCACUCUGACACAACUGUGCAAAUCGUUGCUCAGAUUUUACCAAUUCUUACUGUCCGUUCACCAUCAUCACGCACGUCAUCUGAACCAUGGACUAAUCCACACCAUAUCAAGCUUGCAGAUCCGAGUUUCUUUCUGCCUCAACCAGUGGACAUCAUCAUCGGCGCUGAUUUUUUCGGUCGAAUUAUUAAACCAGACAUCAUCAGGUACCCGUCAAUCGCUUCAAUUGCUCAACUUUCAAUUUUCGGCUGGCUUAUCAUUGGACCAGCAGCACUCACAUCAACUCAGCAGCCUCGUCUCUCACUCAUCACCACCUCAAACAGUAGACCAGAAAGCAAUCUCGACGAGUUGCUCACUCGAUUCUGGAUUCAAGAAGAAGUUCCAGAGCAAUCGGUCAGUGAACUGACCCCAGAAGAAGAGCAAUGUGAAACACACUUCAAAACGACCCAUCAACGAGACCAAACGGGGCGAUACAUCGUCCGACUGCCAGUCAUCUCAGAAAAAUUGAAUCUUGGAAAUUCGUACAACCCAGCACAUCGACGGCUACAGCAAAUCAGCAAGAAACUCAACACCAACCAAGAAUACAAGCAACUCUACACAGAAUUUAUGCAAGUCUACGAAGACAUGGGACACAUGACUGCCGUAUCAAACACUCCAACUUCACUCAAUACUGACAAUGACAUUGAAUCAGCUGAUUUCACCACCGAGAUGACCUUAGCACAUGAUACUUCGGUAUCAGGAGGGUUGAGGGUCUCAAACGGUGAGUCAGCUGUUAAAUGUCACCAGCGUACUCAAUCAGUAUACUAUCUGCCACAUCACGGAGUGUUACGUCCCGACAGUGUCAGCACCAAACUCAGAGUCGUCUUCGACGGCUCGUGUGUCACCACAUCAGGAAAUCACUCAACGAUUUCCUGCACAUCGGAGCAAAAAUUCAACUUGAUAUCACCGACGUACUUCUAUACGUCCGACAACACCAAUACAUCGUCUCGACAGACAUUGAAAAAAUGUUCCGGCAAAUCAACGUACACCCAGACGACUGGGACUUGCAACGCAUUCUUUGGUUCAAUAAUAAUAAAGAGAUUACGCCAUAUAAUCUCACCACAGUCACCUACGGCACGAGAUCAGCACCGUUCCUUGCCGUCCGAGUCCUUCAACAACUCAUGGAGGACGAAGGAAAAAAUUAUCCACUCGCAGUACCUGCACUCAAGUACGGCAGAUAUGUCGACGAUAUUUUCGGCGGAGCUGAUAACACUUCUGAGCUAAAAGCAAUCGCCAAUCAAUUAAAACAAAUCUGCACGGCGGGCGGUUUCCCACUCGCCAAGUGGCAAUCAAACAGCGAAGAAGUACUCAAUUUCAUUUCACCAGCUGGAGCAUGUGAUGAACCGCACCAGCUUGGAGACUGCACGAGCGAACUGCUAGGAUUGUAUUGGCACGCAAAGUCGGACAAUCUUAGAUUCUUCAUGAAAAGACACUCGGACAAUCAAAACAAGUCCUCCAAACGAACAAUCUUAUCUGAGGUGGCUCAGAUCUUCGAUCCACUGGGAUUUUUAUCCCCGCUCACAAUCAAGGCAAAGAUGCUGCUGCAGGAAUUGUGGUUGCAAAAAAUCGGUUGGGAUCACCAGGUCCCGUCGAAAGUAUUGCAAUCAUGGCAAUCGCUGCAACUCGAACUUCAACAAAUCGACACACUCAACAUUCCACGCUGGAUUAACACUUCAAAGGCCACGAAUUGUGAAUUCCACGGGUUUUGCGACGCAUCUCAGCUCGCAAUGGCAGCAGCAAUCUACGUCACUGUCCACUCAGCAUCCGGAGAGACACUCACGACACUCCUUUGCGCAAAGACAAAAGUAGCACCACUCAAACGACUCACUAUCCCGCGACUAGAACUAUCAGCAGCGCUGCUACUAUCGAAAUUAAUAACUUACGUCAAAGCCACUCUACAAGUUGACGCACAAUCAACCACUCUCUGGACUGACUCAUUAGUCACACUCACGUGGAUUCGAUCACAUGCGUCACGCUGGAAGGAUUACGUACGGAACCGAGUUGUCAACAUCCAACAACUCACCACAGAUUGCAACUGGCGGUAUGUUCCGGGCAAACAAAACCCAGCUGACUGUGCAUCUCGAGGCAUCACUCUCGCUCAGCUAUCAUCACACUCACUGUGGUGGACGGGACCACCAUGGCUCUCAAAGUCACAAUGCCACUGGCCUCGGCAGCCAGACACUCAGGACGACACCACUAGUCAAGAAGCUCGUCCAAGUCUCACUCUUGUCAUGACAACCACUCAGCCGAUUAAUCAAUGGGAAUUGAUCUACAGGUAUUCAAAUUUACGCACUCUCAUUCACGUCACUGCUACAAUUUUCAGAGCUAUUGACACACUCAAACGAAUACCGGGGUCAUCUCUUGCCGCACCACUCACCCCAACAGACAUUGAGAGAGCAACAAUCUACUGGGCAAAGUCAACUCAAGCAGCGUAUUUUUCACUCGAGUUGCAUCAACUCAAGGCCGAUCGUGCACUACCUGCAAAUCAUCCGUUUCACCGACUGACUGCAUUUAUCGACGAACACGGAGUCUUGCGAGUUGGUGGGCGACUCGCUAAUUCCACACUCACGUACAGUCAACAGCAUCCAAUCAUUCUGCCAAGACAUUCUACACUCACAUCAUUAGUCAUCUACAACGCACACCUCCGUACUAUGCACGGUGGCACUCAACUAACAAUGGCAGAAGUUCGACAAUCAUACUGGAUUGUUGGUGGAAGACCAGCAAUCAAAACACUCAUACUACGCUGUAUGAAAUGCGCUCGCCACAGGGGUAAACGAGCAAAGCAACUCAUGGGCCAGUUGCCUACGGUAAGGGUUCAACCAUCAAGAGCAUUUUUCCACACUGGUGUGGAUUAUGCUGGACCAAUCACAAUCAAAUCAUGGAGAGGCCGAGGCGCCAAACAAUUUAAAGGCUGGAUUUGUGUAUUUGUUUGUAUGAGCACAUCAGCUGUGCACAUUGAAGUGGCAACUGACUACACUUCUGACACAUUCAUUGCUGCGUACAGACGGUUCACCGCACGCAGAGGCAUCUGCCACACUCUUUACUCAGACUGCGGCACAACAUUUCUUGGUGCAGAUGCCACACUCAAAAAAUUAUUCACUCAAGGCUCAUCAGAAAGCACAUCAAUCGCCUCACUCCUACUGAAUGACGGCACUCAGUGGCAAUUCAAUCCACCUGCAGCACCGCACAUGGGCGGCAAGUGGGAAGCAGCGGUAAAGUCAAUCAAAUUUCAUCUCACUCGAGCAAUUGGGGACACAUCAUACUCACUCGAUGAAAUUAUGACUUUACUCACACAAAUCGAAGCCAUCCUCAACUCAAGGCCACUAGAACCACUCAGCGAUGAUCCUGAAGACCUCGCAGCACUCACGCCAGGCCACUUUUUGAUUGGCCAAGCACUCACAACACUUCCAGAACCCACUCUACAACCAAUCAAUAUCGCGCGACUAUCACGAUGGCAGAUGAUACAGCAUCAGCUUCAACGAUUCUGGAAGCACUGGUCAACAUCAUACUUACAACGACAACUCGCUACGACGAAAUGGUGGCACCGAAACAAUCAGUUAGAAAUUGGCUCACUCGUAUUACUCGCUGACGAGAGGUUUCCGCCGUGCAAGUGGCCACUUGCAAGAAUCACUCAACUGCAUCCUGGCGCAGAUGGAUGCACCAGAGUUGUUACACUUAAAACUGCAACUACCACUCUCGUCAGACCGAUCACAAAGUUGGCAAUCCUUCCACAGGGCAACAAAAUCAAAUCAGAAGCACGCUCCUGAUGGUGGGCGGAAUGUUACGGAUUGCCAAUGCUUUGUCCACACUCUAGUCACAAUAUUAUAAAAUUGCCAAUGCACUGCCGACACUCUGAUCACACUGUUAUACAGUUACAACACUCUAGCCACGCUAUAAAUGGAAAAUGUGGCUGGGUUCUUUUUUUUCUUCUUUCUGCAAUCAUAAAGUGUAUCAGUUCAUUUCAUCAACAUUGGUUUUUUUUGAAUAAUAAUCGGAGGCAAUCGGGCACAUCAUUUAACAUACAUCAAAAAUAUAAAUCAUCUUAAAAACUAUUAUGUAAGACAAUUUUUAUAUAAUUAAUAUUUAAUUGUAAUAAUUCAAAGGCUGUGUAUAAAGUGAGGGCUGAUAUAUUAGAUCAGUCCUCAUGAUAAUAAACGUGGGGUGCUACACCCAAAACCAGAACUUAAUCUCGGCAAUCUUAAACAGUAUGUUUUCUGACGAUCUAAUAUACCGCUACAAUUUAGAGAGGUGCAAGGGAAGGAAUCCCUACUAAAGCUAAAGUGCGUAGAGUAAGUUUUUGAAAUAAUUCCUGAAAAGGACAAAAACACUAUCUGUGGGGAGCUCUGGAGAUUUGUGACCUUAAGCCACAAUCGUUUUUAACAAAAAACAUAAACUUAAGGCUAAAUUAAUAUAAGUUUUCUUAUUAUUAAUUACAUAUACAUAUAUAUAUUAGCUUUAUGUUGUAAAUAUUAGUUUUAAGUUGAACAUUAGUUCUAAGUUGUCCAUAUUAGUUUUAAGUCGAUGUUUCUAAUGUCACUUUUAAAAAUAUGAAUUACUAUAAUUUAAAUUUUUAUACUGAAAUAACCUUAAUUUUAUGUUUAAGUAAAUGUUUAUUAUUAAAUAAAACGAAAUAAUAAAAAAACUGAAUUUUAUUUAAAAGAAUUAAAUUUGCUAGAAGUAACAAAUGGGUAACAGAUAGGGUUGUUACUGCUUGUUCUUGCUAACAUGCUUAUAUGUUAAAGGUAACAAAAUGAUAACGAAAAUAAUAACACUAACAGAUAUUCGGGUAACAAAUACUUUUUUUUAUCCAUAACACAUAGGUAAGCUAUGCGCUAACAAAAUAAUUUUUACCCGUAACAUACUGUGAAGAGAUUUGCUAACAAAUGUGUGUAUUCUGUUAGAACAAGGCAGCAUGCGAUAUUUGCCAUUGGUUAGAGCGAGGUAACCAUUGAACAUCAA